AUGCCUCACUCCCUCGAGCCUGUCACAGAGCGCCUUGAGUCCAACAGCGGUCUAGACAUCCUAGAAGGGUUUACCCCCACGGCCUUUGAAGACCCCUCGUUUGAUGGCAUGACCACCGCUGUUCUCCGCGCCCAUUUUAAGAAGUGGGUUACGACUGCACCGCUGCAGGAACAGCGUGUCGAUACAUGCGGACAGUCGGGCCGAGACCUAUUCUUCGUUAUGGUUGAUCAGGAGGUGCUGGAAUCUGUCUUAAAUUCGGACCUGAUGCUAUUGGGAAAACUGGUUUAUGGAGAAUGGGAGCCGGAGCCGGAGGUAGAUAAAGAUGGCAAUGAGUCAGUAGACUUGGAGGAAGAGCUUGAGCCCUUGGAGGGAUGUAUGUAG